AUGGCCUCGCAGUCGACACACGAAGCGUGGGAUCACUGGUGGCGUGAGACUAAAAGUGGUAGCAUCAACACCUAUGUCUCUGUCAUUCUCUUCUUUCUAUCGACUGUAUUGGCCAAUUCCAUUGCUCGCUGUCUCUUCUGGAUCGUCCGUAAAGCUUGCCCCAAUAAAUGGAUCUGGCCAAACGAAGCUCGACAAAUGAUGAUGUGGCAGACAUCACUUAUGUGUCGAGUCGGACUGUUAUGGAUCACGAUUCUUGUGUCUCGUCUGUCCCUCUUACUCGAUGAUUGGCCAGCAUGGGGUUUUGGGGUUUGCUUUCUUAUCUGGUUGGACGCUGGAGGAAAUGUACUGCGAGAAGUUAUUGUUCGGAAUGGUGUGGUAGGGUAUAAAAACGACGAGAAAUCCGGUCGGAUGACAUUGUUGUACGAAGGUAGCACAUUGGCCAAAAUGCUGCUACUGGUGCUUAUUGUAUACACGUAUUACAUUACUCCUUGGAUUGAAGGAUCAAGGGAGCUCAAGUUGCUGUUCUCGGUAGGGUUUUAUGUAUCCAUUGCAUUGGCUACAUUACCAUUGUUACGCAAUGUCAUGGGUGCACACUACAUGUUUCUGACCAAUAUGUUGCAUCUCGACUCAAGAAUUUAUUUGCACGGCUCAAGAAAAGGAAAAAUUUGUGAUGCACCACUGGGUUUCAUUGUACUGGCUACACGUGACAAUACCAAGACAUUCAUUCCUGCAGGCGGUACAGUUGGCAACACAACUGAGGUAUUUCACAAGUUUCUGUGGCCACUUCGACUGGAUGUUCGGCUACCAACAGAUCUCCCGGCCAAGCGUGUGCGCGAGCUUGUACAGGACAUGGAUCGGUUACUUUUGUGGAAUCCAGUGGUUGCCAUCGCACCCGAUGGAAGUGCCACUUUAGAUGUAGGAGAAACUUCUUCAUUCAUUGAUGCGUCGACACCACACGAAAGUGUGUCUGUAUCUGGAUUCACAAACACGGCGGCAUCUGAAACCGUUACCAAACUAUUGUUUGAUAAGAACCAACAGGAAGAAGAGAGUAUUAUACAGCGCGCGCGAGGCAACGAGGGGUUUGUGGCAUUGGAGCCUGAUAAGCGAUGGGUCAUUCAGUUUCGAACGUUUGUUCAAGUCAAACAGAAAACACAUUUUCGACAAACUCGUGCUGCGUACAUCGAAGCUAUUACGAAGCUAAUGGAGAAACAAGGAGCGGCUUUUAGGCCGCAAGUUGCUGUUACUGAGCCUAAAUCUGCUGAUGCGGAUUGA